AUGCGAAUAUCGUCUAGAACUUUGAAUAUCACAUUGAUUUUUAUUUAUUUUAUUAUGGUUUCUGUUAUUAUUUAUCAAUUAAUGCAUCGUAAACCAUUUUUUGGAUUUAUUGAACUAUCUGGACAAUCUUUGGAGCUUCGAGAAGAUUUUGAGAGCGCUGAUUCUGAGAAUCAAACUUUGAUUAUAGUAAUAACACCAACAUAUUCUAGAUUAACUCAAUUAGCUGAUAUGACAAGGUAAAAAAUAAAAAAGUAAUUUUUUCUUUAAAAUAAAAAAUUCUGUUUUUAGAAUGGCUAAUACUUUAAUGCAUGUUCCCUAUCUUCAUUGGAUUAUUAUUGAAGAUGGAAUUUCGAAAAAUGAGGAAAUUGAUAAUUUAUUAGCAAGAUCAAAAAUUCCCUAUUCAUAUUUCACCUUUAAAACGCAACCUGGGUAUCCGAGUAAGUUCCAAGUUCAAACUACAUACAAUUUCAAAUUAGAGCGAGGUUGGUAUCAAAGAACAGUGGCUUUGACGUUGCUACGAAAUAUGGAAUCGAAUCAUACGAAUGCAGUUGUGUAUUUUGGAGAUGAUGAUAAUUCGUAUGAUAUUCGAGUGUUUACGGAAUAUAUUAGGAAUGUGAAGAAACUUGGAAUGUGGGCUGUUGGUAAGAUUUUUAGAGAAAAAAAUUAGCAGUCCCAAAAAAUAAGCAGUCCCAAAAAAAUAAGCAGUCCCAAAAAAUAAGCAGUCCCAAAAAUAUGCAGUAACAAAAAAUAAGCAGUCCCAAAAAAUAAGCAGUCCCAAAAAAUAAGCAGUCCCAAAUAAUAAGCAGUCCCAAAAAAUAAGCAGUCCCGAGAAAUAAGCAGUCUCAAAAAAUAAGCAGUCCCAAAAAAUAAGCAGUCCCAAAAAAAUAAGCAGUCCCAAAAAAUAAGCAGUCCCAAAAAAUAAGCAGUCCCAAAAAAUAAGCAGUCCCAAAAAAUAAGCAGUCCCAAAAAAAAAUAAGCAGUCACAAAAAAUAAGCAGUCCCAAAAAAUAAGCAGUCCCAAAAAAUAAGCAGUCCCAAAAAAUAAGCAGUCCCAAAUAAUAAGCAGUCCCAAAAAAUAAGCAGUCCCGAGAAAUAAGCAGUCUCAAAAAAUAAGCAGUCCCAAAAAUAAGCAGUCCCAAAAAAAUAAGCAGUCCCAAAAAAUAAGCAGUCCCAAAAAAUAAGCAGUCCUAAAAAAUAAGCAGUCCCAAAAAAUAAGCAGUCCCAAAAAAAAUAAGCAGUCCCAAAAAAAUAAGCAGUCCCAAAAAAAUAAGCAGUCCCAAAAAAUAAGCAGUCACAAAAAAUAAGCAGUCCCAAAGAAUGAGCAGUCCCAAAAAAUAAGCAGUCCCAAACUUAUUUGGGUCUGCUGUUUAUAUAUAUAUUUGACAUUUUGCGGUCUGCAAACACAAUGGCAGAUAGUUCAGUGGUAGAAUUAUUGAUUUUGAAUCUGAGGGUAGUGAGUUCAAUGCCACUCGGAAACUUUUGUUUUUAUUUUUGAAGUGGAAAAGGGAGAUUAGAUUUUUUAAAAUUUAGGAAGUUCAUUUUUAUUGUUAGCAGUUUUUUUCGGCAAAGCUAGAAACUCGUCCGAAUAGUUCAGAUGAAGAUUUUUAUCUGGGAAAAAGAAAAUUUGUUUCAAAAAAAUAUUGCCAUUGUUUCGUUUGAGGGAAUUUCUUGAAGAUUCUUGUGGAUUUUGACAUCCGAAAAUUUGAAAAAUUGUUUUGGUGAGCCUGUUUUUUAAUGAUUUUCUACUUAUAAUUUCAAUACUGAAGUUUAAUCUCAUAAAAAUAAUCUCAAAAAAGGUCAAUAGAUACAAUCUGACCACUUCCCCUCAUAAACAUCUUGUAGUUCUAAUUUAUUCAAGUCAAAUCAGAAGUUAAAAAUUUUCCAAACCAAAAAUUAAUUUUAGGUCACGCUGGUCAUGCGAUUGCUGAAAGUCUUUACGUUAAAAACGGAAAAGUGAUCGAUUUCGAUGUUGUUUGGGGAGAAUGGCGAAAAUUCGCGGUAGAUAUGGCUGGUUUUGCAAUACACUUGGAUAUUGUUCUCAAAACCAAUGCAACUUUUGGACCUUCUUGCGCUGGAAGAUUUCCCGAACCAUGUUUGUUGGAAGAUAUGGGAUUUACCAAAAAUGAUAUUGAACCUUUUGGUUUUGACAAACCAAUACGGGUAUAUUUUUGAUGGAAAAUACUUUGAGUCAACAAAAAAUUUCCAGGGAAAUCGAGAAGUCUACGUGUGGCAUACUCAAACUGUUCAACCAUCGAUUCGCUCCAAAAAUAAAACAAUUAUCCAUAGAAUUCUGGGUUUUUUUCAUAUUUAAUAAAUAUUUUACGAGGAAAAAAAUGUUGUGAAAAGUUUCAACAUAGUUAUGUAAAUCAGAUUAGAUAAAAUGCAAAAAAAAACAAGUUUACAUAGCUACUAAAAAAAUGUUGUGUUUUUCCCAAGGCUUCUCAAGGCUUCCCAAGGCUUCUCAAGGCUUCUCAAGGCUUCUCAAAGGUUCCCAAGGCUUCUCAAGGCUUCCCCAAGGCUUCUCAAGGCUUCUCAAGGCUUCUCAAGGCUUCUCAAGGCUUCUCAAAGGUUCCCAAGGCUUCUCAAGGCUUCCCCAAGGCUUCUCAAGGCUUCUCAAGGCUUCUCAAGGCUUCUCAAGGCUUCCCAAGCCUUCUCAAGGCUACUAAAGGCUUCCCAAGGCUUCUCAAGGCUUCUCAAGGCUUCUCAAAGCUUCUCAAGGCUUCUCAAGGCUUCUCAGGGCUUCUUAAGGCUUCUCAAGGCUUCUCAAGGCUUCACAAGGCUUCUCAAGGCUACUAAAGGCUUCCCAAGGCUUCUCAAGGCUUCUCAAGGCUUCUCAAAGCUUCUCAAGGCUUCUCAAGGCUUCUCAGGGCUUCUUAAGGCUUCUCAAGGCUUCUCAAGGCUUCACAAGGCUUCUCAAGGCUUCUCAAGGCUUCUCAAGGCUUCCCAAGGCUUCUCAAGGCUUCCCCAAGGCUUCUCAAGGCUUCUCAAGGCUUCUCAAGGCUUUUCAAGGCUUCUCAAAGGUUCCCAAGGCUUCUCAAGGCUUCCCCAAGGCUUCUCAAGGCUUCUCAAGGCUUCUCAAGGCUUCUCAAGGCUUCCCAAGCCUUCUCAAGGCUACUAAAGGCUUCCCAAGGCUUCUCAAGGCUUCUCAAGGCUUCCCAAGGCUUCUCAAGGCUUCCCAAGGCUUCUCAAGGCUUCUCAAGGCUACCCAAGGCUUCCCUUGAAAAAUUUUUCAAGAAUUUCCAACUGAAAGUUCUUGUGGUGGGUGUGGUCAGUUCAGUUUUCGUAACAACGUGUUUAUGUAGAUUAUAUCUGGAAGAUUCUUUGAAAAUUGAACUGAAAAUCUUUAAAAAAAUAAGUUUUCUUUCAAAAAAUAAGAAUUCUUAUGAAAUUUCACACAAUCAUGAUUGAAAAACAAAUAUUAAAAGAUCAAAUUCCGAUAUUAAACAAAAAAAUUAAUCAGAGUUACAUAAGAUCGUGCUGUUCGAAAAUUUUCUUAAAAUCUGGAAGAAGACUAUAACAAACAUGUUUUCCAAUAUAAAUCAAAUCAAAACUAAAUUUAUGUAUUUAGUGUGGUCAAUUUAUAUCUUUAUUACAUCUAAAACCUUUAAAAAACUUUUUACCUUACCAAAUUUGAAAUUAUUGUUCAAAAUUAUAAGUUAUCUUUAGAGAUUCUGACAUUUGCAAAAUUAAUCCCCUCACAAUCAAUUUCAAAAAAAGUACACAUUUUGAAAAUGAAGAUCAGCAUCUAGAUUGCGUAAAAUCCCGCAAGUACUUUUUAUAAAGCGUUAUUGCAUAAUUUUAUAAAAGCUUCCAGAUUUAAUCUGGAUUUAUGUCCUUACCAACACGUUGUUGAACGCACCCACCACAAUGGAAUAUAUAUAUAUAUAAGUUCAGUUUUCCUUCCGAAAACCCCCGAAAAUGUUGCGAAUCUCCUCUAAAAUGAUAUAUUCAACACUAGUAUUUUCAAAUCUUAUUUCAGUAAUUGUUAUAACUUCAAACUUGUCAGAUGAUGAUUUUCAACUGGGAAAAUGUGAUUUUACUCAAAAAUCUCCCAAAAAUAAUUCAUUGAUUAUUGUGAUAACACCAACAUAUUCUAGAUUAACUCAAUUGGCUGAUAUGACAAGGUAAGUGUAGAUUUUAGUGUAAAUUUUUCUUUUUUUUUUUUAGAAUGGCUAAUACCUUAAUGCAUAUUUCUGAUCUUUAUUGGAUUGUUAUUGAAGAUGGAAAUUUGAAAAAUGAGAAAAUCGACAAUUUACUAAGAAGAUCGAAAAUUCCACAUUCAUAUUUGCCAUUUAAAACUGAAACUGGGUAUCCAAGUAAGUCCGCGUCUUGAAAACAGCCCAAGUGUCCUCAAAUCUUAGAUUUAGCUUAAUUUAACUAUAGUCUAGUUCGAUGCAAAAAUUCAGAACAUUUCGAUAAGUAAUCGCUUAAAUAUGGAAGCCCACUGCAAAAAUAAAAAAUUCAAACCACGCGCGCGCAAACAUGUCGUCAACGUGGAGUCUCGUUGUUUUCUUUUUAUUUUUUUGCAAUUUUUUCCAUUUUUUGUGGAAAAUGAUGAAUUUGCAUGGAAAAAUGCGAUUUUUAAUCAGAGCGAGGUUGGUAUCAAAGAACGAUGGCUUUAACGUUGCUACGAAAUAAUCAGUUCCACUUUAUCAACAAGAAAAAUCAAAAUGCAGUGGUAUAUUUUGGAGAUGACGAUAAUUCGUAUGAUAUUCGGGUAUUCACGGAAUAUAUUAGGAAUGUGAAGAGACUUGGAAUGUGGGCUGUUGGUAGGGUUUACACAGGGGGAUUGGAAAACCCACUUUACGUCAUGUUUUUCUAAAUUCAGGCCACGCAGGCGGUGCAAUCGCCGAAAAACUAAUUGUCAAUGAUGGAAAAGUGACCGAUUUCGAUGUUGCUUGGGGAGAAUCGCGAGAAUUCGCGGUAGAUAUGGCUGGUUUUGCGAUUCACUUGGAUAUUGUUCAUAGGACUAACGCUACUUUUGGACCUGAUUGUGGGCCACGUACACCAGAAACUUGUCUGUUAGAAGAGAUGCAUUUCAAGAGAGAUGACAUAGAGCCGUUUGGCGUGGAGAAAAAUGUAUGUUUUGAAGGAAUAUAUGAAUUCGGAGGGAGGGGCGUUAACUUUAGGUGCAUUUUUGGAGGUGGGGCCUUUAACUUCUGAAAAUUUUGGAGAAUUUUAUGGCUUUAGAAGCCAAAAACCCACGAACAGUUGGUUAGGGGGGUUAACUUUUUAAGAAUAUUUCCUGGAAGGGGGUUUUUUUUUUAACUCAAGGCAUACCACGCCCAGGGUGAGGCAUAUGCACGGCGCCAAUAAAAAUAUAAGGGAAUUCACCUCGCCAAUUUGAGAUUUUCUUAAAAACAGCAAAUUUUUGAUUGUUUUCCUGUUGAAAAGUGGUAUUUUUCAGUCGAAAAGGUUGUUUUCACCUCGCCAAAAAAUUCAAAACCCACACCGCCAAUUUUCAAAGUUAAUUUGCACGAAACUGGGCGUGGUAUGAUUCGGAGGGAGGGCCCUUAACUUUUGAAAAUUUUGGGGAAUUUUAUGGCUUUAGAGGCCAAAAACCCACAAACAGUUGGUUAGGGGCGUUAACUUUUUGACUUUGGAAGGGGGUUAACUCAAGGGUCCCCGGAGCGAUUAGUUCAUGUAUGUCUGGAAGUGAGAGAAAAGGUUCACAAAACAUUUCAGGUAACUCGAGAAAUCUACGUUUGGCACACUCAAACGAUUCAACCAUUCAUUCAUGUGCCAACAAAUGAGACAACAACUUUCAAAAGAGUUUUGAAUUUUCUCCGAUUUCAAUAA